AUGGCUCAAUCUCGUGACACGAUGUUCAACCCGCAAUCACCCAGGCCUACCUCUGGAGUGUCCGGAUCUUUCAAUGGAACACCUGAAACAAGGUUGACAGCCUUUUCACCUGCUGAAGGCUCCGCCAAGUCGGCCAGUUUGCUUCCUGGGAUUUCCCGUUCCUCCUCCACGACCACCCCCGUGAAGCCCUUGAUCACCAGAUACGGAGGUUCGGUGUCGCAGUUGGAGAAGGAUCCCUUUGUGACUCAGAAUACGAAGCUAUCCCCGACUGCCUCAACCUUCAAGCCUUUCUCCACUCCUGGAUUCAUCCCAUCAGUGCAUAUUGCAUCACCAGUAGCGUCUGCUUUAAGCACUGACCUUGGACUUUCUCGACUUCUCAACAUCUCGUCUCCUACUGUUAUCUGCAAACCACAGGUUGAAGCUUGGCUGACGGAACUAGACGAGCAAGAAGUUCAAUUCCAUGGCCAGAGAGUCGUUGAAACUGACGGCAAUCACAUACACGUGCGAUUCACUGACAUCCGAGAUGCCUGUUCAGUCCACGCAAGUUCACGGUUGGGUAAAAAGGAGUGGCAACUUGAUUUCCUGAAUCCCACCAAGGAUGCCAAGAAUGAUUCGGAAGACUUAGUCGAAUUUUUCGGCCAAGUCCUUAUCUUUGCCGUGGCUACAAAGGACUGCUCACCCCAAAAUCCCGCCUACACUGUCGAGGCCGUGAAAAAAAUUCUUCACGCCUACGGACAACUAUUUGCCUUUGUGAAUAUUUCAACUUUCCUUGACGGAUCAUUUCGAGCUAUUGCCGAGUUCUGCAGCUCUACCGCUGCUAUCAAGGCGCUGACAACUCUACAAAGGAGCCCGGCUAUCUAUGGCAUUGAAAUUCACAUCUCCUCCCUUGGUACUUGUGCCAUCGAAAAUCCAACUUCAACAUCAACCCAAGAGUUAAAUGACUCUCGUGGGCAACCCCUUAAGUUGGGCUCUGCUCAGGCCCGGGGCACAGUAGCAGUCGGGGCACCUUAUCAACCGUCCAUCGCAAUGUAUCCUCUCAUGUUCCAGUCUCCAUUUACACCUGGAGUCUCAUACGUGCUGGAUAGGCUGCCUACCAGUGGCCAGUCAACACCUUUGACCCCAGUGUCCCCUUCAUAUCCCGUUAUUGGGUCGGUAUAUCAAACCCCUCCGUCACCAGCUCUGACUGUUCAGAGCAACCAAAGCCCUUCCAGACCGAUGCCUGGGUAUGGCAGACUGGAUGCCCGAAGACAAAAUGCAGCUCGCGUCAACCGGUCUCCUCACCACAAUUCGGCUGGCCACCAUAAUCAUGUCGAUAUACAACGCAUCAGGGAAGGCAUCGAUGUGCGAACAACCAUCAUGUUACGCAAUAUCCCCAACAAAGUUGACCAAGCUAUGCUCAAAAGAAUUGUCGACGAAUCAAGCUGGGGCAAGUACGACUUCAUGUAUCUACGAAUUGAUUUUGCCAACGAUUGCAAUGUUGGAUACGCGUUUAUCAAUUUCGUCGAUCCCCUGGACAUUAUAGAUUUUGUCGAUGCUCGUGGUAACCAGCGCUGGAACUGUUUCAAAAGCGACAAAGUAGCAGAAAUAUCUUAUGCUACCAUCCAAGGCAAGGACUGCUUAGUACAAAAGUUUCGAAACAGCUCGGUGAUGCUCGAGGCGCCCCAUUACCGGCCAAAGUUGUACUUUACAUCUAACGGGCCGGUGCCAGAACUGGCUGGCCAAGAGGAGCCAUUUCCAGAGCCAGACAACCAAUCUAAGAUGAAAAGAAGCUGUGAGAAUGCUGAACAUGUUGGUUUGUUUACACCAAAUGCUGGCCAACACUUUAGAGAUGAGCAGCGACGUAGACGGUCACAGUAUGACCGCGGAACUCGUCUUGCGGCACUUGAAGAGUAUGAUUACGAGACAGCCAUCAACCAUCUGCAUGGUGCAACUACACAUUGA